CACGAGCCUCGAGAUUCCAUCGGGUGAUUGGAAGAUCGCGUGUGAGAUUAGGUGUUAAUUAUCAGCCCGACAUGUCUUUCAAGCGAGUCUACGUACAGCCAUUAGUGCUGGUGUUUGCCUGGCUCGUGUACGCGCUACAGUCCGGCGAGGCUCAGUAUCUUGGCCGCUGUCUCACGCCCGAUCAGAAGGAUGGCACCUGCGUGAUGGUGGCCCAGUGUCCGCUAGUGCGGCAACUGCUCAACAAACCGCUGCUGACGACGAAUGAUGUGCGUUUUCUUGAGAGUAGCCGCUGCGGCGUGAUCGAUCGUAAAGCGCUGGUUUGUUGCCAGCAACCGGACAGUCCCACGAGCACUGUCUCGCCGACGGUGGCUACACCACCAGCGGCUAGUGGGCCGGUCGAGAACAGGUUGUCAGUGGAACAGAAGCGCAGAUUACUGCCCGACGACUGUGGCGUACAGUACACGGAUCGCAUUAUCGGUGGUGAGCGAACCAAGAUCGACGAGUACCCAUGGGCUGCACUGAUUCAGCAUCGACGCAGAAAUGGUGAGCUGAAGUUCCACUGCGGAGGCGUGCUUAUCAACAAUCGCUACGUGCUGACAGCGGCCCAUUGCAUCAACAACAUACCCAAAUCCUGGACGGUAACGGGCGUUCGGUUGGGCGAGUGGGAUCUUGAGUCGGACAGCGAUUGCGCCACACGCUACGAUGGUACUAUUUGCGCGGAUCCAGUGCAAGACAUCGCAAUCGAGAAGAUUCUGGUGCAUCCGAACUACCGUGCGACCUUGAUGGAGGUGAAGAAUGAUAUCGCGCAGCUACGACUUGCCAGGUCGGCUCAGCUCAACGAUUACGUACAACCGAUUUGCCUGCCUCUGGAUGCCGAGGCACAGACUAAAUCGUACGACGACCAGCGAUUUGUAGUGGCCGGAUGGGGCCAAACCGAAGAAGCUCUACAGAGCCGAUACAAGCUGUUCGUCGGAGUGACGGGAGUCACCGAGAGCACCUGCCGAUUGCGUUAUCCGCAGGCCAACAUCGAUCACACGCAGGUGUGUGCCGGUGGUACCGCCAACAAGGAUUCUUGCCGUGGCGAUUCGGGCGGAGCACUGAUGUAUGCCGGUUUGCGCGAUUUCGAGCCCGUCUACUUACUGGCGGGUUUGGUGAGCUUCGGGAAAAAGUGCGGAAUCCAGGGAUACCCUGGUGUGUACACGCGUGUCAACCAGUACACUGAUUGGAUCGUAGAUAAUCUCGAACCUUAGAGUGUUACACGAGUGGCCACGAGUUUACCACUGUUACAAAAGCGACAAAGGUAAAGGGUUGACCGAUGUUCGGUCACAUUGAGAACGCUUGCUUAAGUACAGAAAAACAAAACAAAUCGAAUGCGCAGUUUUUUAAACAUCAAAUAUUAUACAGAACAAUCAUCCACAAGGGCAUUUAGGGUUGUUUUCAGGCGCUUGCUUGCUCCACCGUACGAUUACGCG